ACUCGAGCCAAAUUCGAGGAAAUGAACAUGGAUUUGUUGACGAAAUGCAUGACCGUCGUCUCCAAGUGUUUGUUUGAUGCCAGGAUGGAUAUGCGUAAACUUCACGAGGUUGUACUUGUGGGCAGUUCGAGUAGGAUUCCAAAGGUUCAGCAGUUGUUGCAAGCAUUACUAUACGGAAAAGAGCUCUGCAAGAGAAUCAAUCCCGAUGAGGCAGUCGCAUAUGGCGCAGCUGUUCAAGCCGCGAUAUUGGCAGGCACUAUGGCUCAGGAAGUUGUACUGGUAGACGUGACUCCAUUAUCUCUCGGCAUAGAAUGUAUAGGUCAAGUGUUUUCCAUCGUAGUCCCGAGGAACACUACUAUCCCUAUCCGAAAGGAGAAAAUCUUCACAACAGCAUUUGAUUAUCGAACCAGAGUUCGGAUUCAAGUAUACGAGGGGGAAAGAGCUAGGUCAUGCGACAACAACUUGUUAGGUACAUUUGUGCUCUCCGAAAUCCUUACAGCCCUUAGGGGUAUUCCUCAAAUUAAUGUCUGUUUCGAGUUGGACGCCAACAGCAUAAUGCACGUUUCUGCUGAGGAUAUCACCACAGGAUCAAAGAAACAAAUCACCAUUACCAAUGACAAAGGAAGAAUAUCAGCUCGGGAGAUUGAGUACAUGGUGAAGGAAGCUGAGAGAUUGAAUGCCGAGGAAGAGGAACAUAGAAGGAGAGUUGCUGCGAAAGAGGAUCUCCACAAUUGUAUCGUUAGAACAAGAAGGAAAAUCAAAAAAAGGCAUAAUGUUCUACCUUUGGCUGAGAAAAAGAAGAUGGAAGAUGCCAUCGAUAAAGCCAUUCAAUUGUUGUUGAUUGGGGAAACACUUGCUGCGACAACUGAUUAUCAGGACGUGAUGGAAGAGCUCGGGAAGUUGUGCAGUCAAAUACUUGCCAGAUUUCCUCCUUCAGCAGCUAACAUUAGCACUAAAAAUGUUACUCCUUUGAAGAAGCCAAAAUACGAGACCAUCGAUUAA